AUGGACGCGAUAGAGAUGUGUGCAGCCGAGGAUAGAGCGCAACUUCUGGACAUCAGUACCAACUCUCCCCCGGAGCCUCGUCAAGGUGCACAGGAGAAGCCGCCCUACUCCUACGUGGCUCUCAUCACCAUGGCCAUAAAGGACAGCCGAGACAGAAGACAGACUUUGAGUGAAAUUUACGAAUUCAUCUCUUCCCGGUUCCCCUUCUACGAAAAGAACAAGAAAGGAUGGCAAAACAGCAUCAGACACAACUUGUCUCUGAACGAGUGUUUUGUGAAGGUCCCGAGAGAGGACGCGCGGGACAAGAAGGGCCACUACUGGAUGCUGGACCCCGCGUUUGAAGACAUGUUCGAGAAAGGGAACUACAAACGGAGGCGCAGAGUGAGGAGACCGUACUUUACGCCCCCAGUGCCAUACCUGUCCGGGGCUACAGUGGACUACGAUCCGCGGUACCUGCCAACCUGUGCGAACAACCAUUGGAGCCAGACGCCCGGCUACCACACACCAGCAAGCCUGACCACCAGCGGAGCGCUCAACUCCUUCUCUCCCUCACACUAUUGGCAUCAUAUGGCCUACGGGGGGUUUCAACACCCAGCCCUGGCCCCCCACAGCAGCUGUCCUUAUGGCGGAGUGACGCAGGCCGCGAGUCCCGAGGCACCCGGAGUCUCAGUCGCCUGCAGCUACCACCAGUUCACGUCUUUCUCGGCGUAUCAAAAUGCUCAACUUUACAAUUAA